UAUUUUAUUAUUUUUUUAGCAGAAAAUAUAUGGCUAGAUUAUUAAAAGCCUCUUAGUUUCAUAUAAAUAAACUGGAGUUUUAAAUUACACCUGUGAGUUUUUAAACCGGAAAUAAUUUUUGUAACCGUGAGGUGGCGUUUGGUGUUUGACCUAAAUCAAAGAUGUCUUCUGCAAUGUUUUCGUUUCACUUCUUGCUCUUCAUUAUCGCAUUUUUGUGCGUUGUUGCACAGGCACCAAAAAGGAGAUUUGAAUAUAAACUAAGUUUCAAAGGUCCCCAUCUAGUGCAGCGAGAUAAUAGUGUUCCGUUUUGGGAGUAUUUUGGAGGUAAGCAAAAAUUAAAUGUCAACUUCGUAUAAGUACGUUAUGGUCGAGUGGAUUGUCCACGUGUAACAAAAAAGGACAGCUGUCGGCGACUGUCGUCAAAUUUUACGGAAGUAGAUUCUAAAUAUUUAAUGAAUCAAAUACAUUUAAUUUUUAUUAAACCUGUUUUUAAUAUCAAAUUUAAAAAGGUUUUGGUGUUCCGUCAUUAAUAAAUAGAGGGCAAAUAAAAUCGGAAACUAAUUAUUUUGACUUUUUAACAGAUAAUGAGUUGAGGCCUUAAAAUAGCCCUGCAUAGUUGAAUAGGGCAUAUGCCCAUUUUUAAUGGAAUCAUUGCCCAAGCCCGGGCGAAAUGUAGGGCCAACUAUUAACGCUAAUAAUUAGGAUAUGCCCAAAUUUAUGAUACUUUAUACUAGGACUAUGUUCUUAGUGUAUAUAGUAUAGACAAGCCAUACUUAAGUAUUAGUAUUAGUAUUACAAUAAAUUAUAAUAAAAUGUGGGCAAAAUAUACCAGAAAUUAGAAAGUGGGUCACAAGUUUUUGUGGUAAUAUAUAUAAUAUAGAUUAUAUAAGGGCAUCAUAAGGGGCUUAAAAAUAACAUACAUAGAAAGAUGAAAUUAAUUUUGGAAAGCUUAAGGCAAGGUCUCCCCUUUACUUAUAUGAUAUAUCUAAUAUGUUCUAUUGCAAUCAGACAAUAUUUAUUUAUAAUUUAAUAUUUUUGAGUACAGGGAGCUUAAAAUCAAUAAAUUACAAUAAAAACUAAUAUGCCUACUGAUACUUAUUAUUCUGAUAUAGCAUGAACUAUGAUUAUGAUGUUAAAAAAACUUACAAGAUUCCAAAAAAGCACCAUCUCUGACUCUUAGUAACCUUUAGGCACUUAAACUUUAACUUUAAUGAAUAGUGGCUAAUACUGGCUACUACUGCCUAGUACUGAUAUCAAUAAUUAUAAUAGUGUUAAGAAAGUCAUUGGCACAUUUCACAUCACAGGCUUUAACUGCAGGGUUAAGGCCUAAUAAUAGUAGGCUUAAAUAGUACUAGGGCCAAAUAAUAGUAGGCUUAAAUAGUACUAUUAGAUAGAUUUAUGGUAUAAUACAUUUUUUUUGUUAAUUAAAUAAUUUCUAAAUUUAAUUUAAUAAUUUAUUACUUUUCAUCCUCAUUUUGAAUUCUUGAUUUGUAUCAUAAACUUGUGAACUCAGGUUUGUAGAGAUGUAAACAAUGUUCAGUUAACUGUUUUACAAUCAACUGUCCAACUUAAGUUAGAUAAUAAAAAUCUCUGCAGUACAUAUAAUAUAAUAAAGCUAAGUUAUUCACAUAGACAUAGCACAUAGAGUUAAAAAUACCUUCUAUCCAUGUUUACUCCUUCUCCUCCCCUUCCUCUUUUUUUGAGGUUAUAAUUAGAUGGUAAACUCAAUAACUUUGUCAAGGCCAAUGAUGUAUUGAUUUCACUUUGUUAAUUUAAAUAAAGGAAUCUAUCGUACUAUACUUAUAGCUAGCAUAAUUAAACAGUGAAUUUUCAAUCUUUACUAUCAAAUUCAUCAUAUAAUUUCAUUUUUUACUAAUUUCACACAGUUAAAAAAUAAUAAAAGUAGGUCUUUAACUAACCAUUUUCAUUUAAAUGUUGUGAUUUAUUAAUUUUGGAAGGAUGUACAGUUGUUGGAAUGUGUGCACUUCUAAGGGGAGAUUAUUUGUGAAUUUUUCUCAUUGCUAUUGUUAUAUUUUUUAUUUAUUUAUUUAGGCAUUUUUAUAUAGCGCUUACCUUAAAGCUCUAAGCGCUUUACAAUUAUUAAAAACAUGUAAACUAACUACAAUAUAAAUGAGACAUUAGGAUAGUAACUACUAUACUAUAGAAACAAUUAAAAUGGCUAUAAAACGAGGAAUUGUGGAAGAGGCAUUUUUUUCUGGCUAUAACUGCUGAUAUUUGUUUUUUUCUUCUGGAAUAAAACUCCAAUCAACAAGUAGUUUUGAAACUGACAUAAUUUAGAAUGCAAAGCCAUCCAACCACCCAUUUUAAUACUCAAGUUUAUGAAUAUCUUUAGAUUAAUAUUUGCUGAGGCAAAUACUUGAAGAAAAAACACAGGAUAUUCGGCAGUGGAAAAUGUCAGAGUCGAUGUCUGGUUGUUCCUGAAUGUAUACUUUAUUCAUUAAAUAUUGUAUUGAAAUGCUACCCUAGUUAUAACUUAAGCUUAGGCUUUAUUAGAAAAUUAAAGGAAAAUCUAAUUUAAAUGCAAAAUCUUUCAACAUUAGCUGUUGCAGGUGGUUAAUAUUAUCUUCUUACUCUUUUUCUGAUAAUACCAAUUACCUUUGAUUUUAUGUACGCAGAUGCCCUGGCUGGAGAUGAAGGCAUUAGGAUAACACCUUCACUGAGAAGUAAAAAAGGUAAUGAUUUUUGCAGUGUUAAAAGUUAUGCAAAAAAAAAAUAAUUAAAUUUUAAAAUAUUUGAAUUGGAGAUGCUCUCCUUGAGCUAUGUUUAUUAAUUGAUCUAAUCCACUUCUUUAUAAUGUAAAUUCCGAACAGGGUCUGUCUGGUCCAAGAAUAAAUUAGAAAGUAAAGGAUGGGAGAUUGAAGCUGGUGUCCGUGUCACAGGCCGAGGCAGGAUUGGUGCUGAUGGCUUGGUAGACCAAGAGUUUUCUCCUUCAUUUAUGCCAUUUAUUUUGCUGUUAUAAACUUUUGCUUAAUUUAUAAAAUGCACAGUAAGGUGAUGUCAUUCUUUUAGGUUUUCUCAACUUUAAUUUAUUCCCAUUUAAUCUUAGAUUGUGUUAAAAAAAAAAAUCAAAAUUACAUCAGCAAUGAGGUUGAUUGUUAUUAUGGUGAUUCAGAACUUAAAGGUUGAUUGGUAUUAGAAAAAAAAUGCAUGUGUUAAAAUUCUAAUUUUUUUAUUGUAGGUAAGAAACAUUGUUGUAAAUAGGAGUCCUCCUUUGACAUUAGUUUAAUUAUAUUUCAAACUAUUUCCUCCCAACCUUAAGGCUAUAUGGUUUACAGAGGGCCGGGGCUCAAAGACUGAUAACCAGGUUGAUAAUGUUGUAUUCGGUGCAGCUGACAAGUGGAAUGGACUUGGUGUCUUCCUGGACUCCUUUGAUAAUGAUGGGCAGGUAAGGGCACUCCUUUGAUAACGAUGGGCAUGCAAGGGCAGCAUGUCUGGAAAACAUAAUAACUCUUGUGGUAAUUGAUUGUGCAUCCUUUCAGUAAAUAUAUAUGUAUUUAAAGAAGGUAAAUUUCAUACAAAAUUGUUCUUUGUGGGUUUUUAGUAUUUAACUUUAGAUGCAUAGUAAAUGUAUGGAAAAUAAAACUGCAUCUUGAACUCAUUUAUCUUUGGUAAGUUAUGAUAUGUUAUGAUUCUCUACUAAAAUUAUUUUACAAAGUUUAAGCAAGAGGUUCUAAUAACAUCUAUGCAAGUAAUAUUUAUAAAUAAAGUAAUUUUUCUGUUGUAUUCCAUCAUAAACUGACAUUCUCUUUGAAUAUAAAGGGACGUGGAACAAAUGUUCUGAAAAAAUGAGUCUUUGACUAAGUAAAUGUAUAGGUCAGGUUGUUUUUCCAAGAUUAACUUCAGUAUCUACUACUUGGAAGUGUCUCGGGGGUGACAAAAUUAAAGACCCGUUUUAAAAAAUCUGAGAGUUUUCUAAAUUGCUAUUGUCUCUCCAUCACAGCAUAACAACCCCUACAUCAUGGCAGUCGUCAAUGACGGGACUAUAGCAUAUGAUCAUCAUAAGUAAGUAGAAUUAAUGAGUACUUUUUAAAAUUCGUUUAAACAUUUACCUUGGACCCAAACAGAAACCUUAUUCUUGCUUUGAGGUGUGGACAUUUUAUUACUUAAUUCUUUGUCAUAGAGCCUACACUUACCAUGAUUUUAGGAAUAUAAAAUGACAUUUUCAAAAAGUAAAAUAUCCAGAUUAAAACUUUUUUUUUAUACGUGUCUCCUCUCAGAUGUCUGGGGAGUAAGGAAAUAUUUCAAAUCCUAUUAUUUGAAUUUAUCUGUGGUAUUGAAAAUACAUAAUAAAUAAAUAAUGUUAGUUUAGUUAAUGCAAUCUAAAAAUUGAUUUGAUAAAUGCACUAAAAAGAGACAGUUUAAAAUUCAUUUAUAAUUUAUCUACACUAAAUCAACAAAAGUAUAUUUUGAAAAGAUUAACUGUUGAAUGAUAAAUCCGUGAACAAGAUGAUUUCAUGUUCUCUGUAUUUUAACAACUGGGCGUGAGUGUAAUGUACAUUUAUUGUUAUUAACUCUGCCAUUGUGCAUCUUGCGUCUCCACUUAGGCUUAGCUUGACUUUGUCAUUUAAAUGUAUUUGACCUAGACUUGCUUUGUCUUCUGUGGAAAAAAAAGUUGGGUAUCCUUAUCUUGUUUUCUUUUUUUUUAUAAAGGGAAAAAUCAACAUGUUAAAUUUGAAAUAUUUUGAUUUCACAUAUUGGAAUUCCACCAUUGCCUGAAUGCACCCUCUAACCCUUCCAAAAACAAACUGUUUAUUAUGAUUCUUUUCGGAUAGCCCUAUGGAUACAAUUUUUUUCUUGUAGAGCCAGUCAAUAAUAUGUUUUUCAUCAAUCUUUUGACCUAGUUUGGAAUGUUUAUUUAGUAGUAUGAAUAUUUUAAUGGUCUUGCUGAAACUUAACUAAACUUAAUUAAACAACAUAACAUCUAAUAUGAAUCAUUUCUCUUGACUAUGAAAUAAAUUAAGUCAAAUAAUAGCAAGUAAAAUUUUGAUCUGAUUAUUUCAGAAAAUAAUUGAAAAUUUGAUUGUCACAAGGGUUUACACCUUUCAGUUUAGUCAAGGGGAAACUGAAUUUUUAGUUAUCAUAUGUUAAAUAUUUAGUUCAGUAGGUUCCAUCAAAUGUUUUAUUUCUAUCUAUGCACCAAGUAAUUGCAUAACCAAAUAAAAGACCCCUCCACAUAUAAAUUGCUUUGCAUUCACUUGCCUAAUAAAAUGCCACGUACAGCUGUAUAUUUAUAUUCCCUUCUAUUGCGCGGUUUCAAAACUUGGAUAACUCAAAGUUAGAUUAACAUCAUCACUUGAAAUUCACUUGAGGCUCUCCUGCCAUGCAUUUUCAUAAUUUUUAAACAAGAUCAAAGACAAAAAUAAGCCAAACUUUUGGUAUCCUCUUCUGUCUCUUGAACUAUUCUCUCUGUGAUUUUCAUGUCAGAUGGCCAUAUUGUACUCUGUUCAUUAUAACAGUACUCCCUAACGUAGAACAGUACUCCCUAACUUAGUGGGAAAUAAACAUGUCAGAUGGCCAUAUUGUACCGUGUUCAACAUAACAGUGCUCUUUUAAGUAGCGUGAAGUGAACAUUUAUAAAGCAGGUCUCAUUACCACUGUUAAAAUGAUGUAUUUUAAAGUAAAUAACCUUCCCUUUGGCAAUAUUGUAUGGGAGACAUUUGUCUAAAACUACCACGUAAAAAAAGCAUACAGCAGCACUGACAUUAUUUCUAUAAAAAGCAUACAGCAGAUCUGACCUAAUUUGUCCAUAUUUUUGUUAAGCCUGGAACGUACCAUGGGGUAAGUUUCCCUUAUUUCUAUUAAAGCCUCUGCAAAUCAAUUACUUCUUUUAUUUAAAUUUUAAUUUCCUUCUAACAUCACACAUUUUUAGCCUAAUAGUAAUAGUAUUGGUGACUUACCUGUGCUUCUUCAUUGUAUUUAUCAACACUGUUGUCUGGCAUAUCAGCCGGCCUUAUCAUAUCAUGUAAUGCUUUCUGUGUGACCUGGGGUCGGUGCAGGGCGGUUGAAGUUAACAGGAAGACAGGUUUCCAUUGUUUGUGUUGUCUUUCUAGCCAUAGGAAUAAUAGGCAUACAGCAGAACAAUAGUUGGGCAAAAUUGUUGAAUAUUGGUCAUUAAAAAAUAUUCAAUGUUAUCUUUGGCUAGAGAGGCUAUUCAGUUGAUGCUGAAAAAAAAAUUAGUUAUGGACAAAUUAAAUUUGGUAGAUAGGUAGCAAGAUCCAUAGUUAGAAACAAUGAUCAAUUUCUGUUGUAUUUUCCCCCCAAAAAUUGCAUUGUUUUUUCUAUUGUUUUUCCAGUAGUCCAUAGAUAAGCAUGGUUUGAUUUCUGAAUGGAUUUUUUGAGAUGAUAAAAUAUGUUUUUUGUAUAGAUUAAAAAAUCUUAAUAAGUGCAAUAUAUAUUGUAAAAAAUUCUGCACAUAUUUUUUAAAUAUCUUAUCAGUGUUGGGUUAUUUGUGUGUUUUAAGUUUUUUGUCGUCAUAUUUUGAUUAUAACGUAAAUAUUUAUUUAAACGCAUAUAUAUUUAUAUUUAAGUAAAUAGAAAUAUGAGAAGAAUGUGAGUCCUCCCACAGGUUGAUGGUUUUAAGAAACAUUAAAACUUGGGACAAUUUGCUAUGAGGUUAUGUAAGAACAUUCAAGAUGGGGUUCAGUGAGGACAUUGAAGAUGGGUUAGAACUAGAGACUGACCGAAUUUCGGUUUCGGCGGUGAAAGUGGCCAUUUUAUCACUUUUGGCAAAGUUUCGGUUUCUGCCGAAAAUGAAAGUUAACUUUCUGCUUAAUUUCGGUUUCGGCCGAAAGAGAAAAUUUAACUUUCUUUUUUUUUCGGUUUCGGCCGAAAUUGAUUUAGAGGCCGAAAGUGACUGAGGUUUUCGGUUAUCUCAUUCUCAGCAAAAGCGAUAUUUAACAAAAUAAGCUACAUUUAAGAAAAAACUUUAAUAUCAAAACAAAUGAUCGUUAAUAGUAAACUAAAUGAUUUAUAAGAAUAACAUAAGUGAUCUUUAACAGAAAACUAAAUGUUCUUUAGGAACAAACUAAAAGAUCUUUAAGAACAAACUAAUCGAUCUUAAGAAACAAAAUCAAUUAUCUAUAAGAACAAACUAAGCGAUCUUCAACAACAAAAUAAGCGACCUUUAAGAACAAGCUAAACGAUUUUUUAUUUAAAAAAACUAAAAGAUCAAUACAAACAAACUAAAUGAUCUUUAAGAACAAUCUGAAUGAUCUUUAAGAAUAACUAAGGGAUAUUUAAGAACAAAAUCAAUCAUCCUUAAGAACAUACUUAGCGAUCUUUAUGAAAAAACUAAACGUUGUUUUAAUAACGCAAGCUAAGCGAUCUUUAAGAAAAAACUUAGCCAUCUUUUUUGAACAAACUAAAUGAUCUUUAAUAACAAACUAAAAGAUCUUUAAACAAAAACUAAGCAAUCUUAAAAAACAAAAUAAAUGAUUUUUAACAACAAACUAAGCAAUCUUUAUGAACAAACUAACCGAUCUUUAAGAACAAAUAAAGCGAUCAUUAACAAAAAACUGAACGAUCUUUAACAACAAACUAAGCGAUCUUAAGAACGAACUAAACGAUCUUUAACAACAAGAUGUUAUGUUAGAUUUUUAUUUAUUAAUAUUCACGAUUAUCUCAUUUUUUAUAAAAAGAAUGUAAAUGUUUAUACUUUCUCCCAUCAUUUUCGAUGUAUGCAGAAUGUAUGUGGGAACGAAUUUCAAAAUAUCUAAAUAUUUCAUUUUCGGUUUCGGCCGAAAGUCAUUUUUAACUUUCGGUAUUUUUUCUGUUUGUGCCGAAAGUCAUUUUAAAACUUUUGGCUCAUUUUCGGUUUCGGCCGAAAGUCAUUUUAAACUUUCGGCCUAUUUUCGGCUUCGGCCGAAAUCAGAAAAUCACUUUCGGUCGGUCUCUAGUUAGAACCCCAAUCUUCUAUGGAAGGACAAGGAAUACUUUUGUUAAAAAUUUGUAAAAAAAAAGUUACAUUUGCUGCUCACCACCUGCUAGUGAUUGGAAGUCACAAGUCAUCUGAUAUAGCACAUGUUUAACAUGGCAUUCGAUUGAAAUGCUUUUUAAAAGAAUAUUCAGUUUUGAGCUACCAAUUACGAUUGUAGUAUUAUUUUUAACUGUAUUUUUUUUUUCUGAAUUUUUUUAUAAUUGUGGUGAGUACUUCUGGUCUGUUCUUCUUAGGAACUCCUAGGUAGCUUUUGGGGGGGGGGGGGACUCAUUUUAAACAAUUUUUUUUCCCCAAACAAUUUUUUUCGCCAACUCAUUAACUUGAUGAUUUAAGUCUAUAAAGGGCAUUCCUUCUCAAUGACUAAAUAAACUGUUGAGAUUUACAGGUGGCAAAUAUUUUAUUGUGACUGGAAUUACAUAAGUUGCGCAGUAUUAUUAAUUUGGAUAAGUAAUCUGAAUUUCAGUGUUUAGGAUUCUUAGUAGUGAUGUUUUUUCAUUUAGUUUCUUUUGUGUUAGUUGUUGGUUGUGGAGCUUUAUUUGUAUUGAAGUAGUAUAUUAGUGGUUUUUAGUUUGGCUUUCUGCCCAUAUCUUAUUUAAUUAUUUUCUUUGUUUUGUAUCCUAGACUUGAUCUAUUUAACAGUAAAUGUUUAAAUUUGAUUGGUCUUGCUCUAUUGAAAAAGUGUUCAAUAUAUUGAAGUUCUUCAUUUUAAAAAUAAAAUAAAUUUGUAGCCAUUGAUUAUGGCAGUUGUUACGCACUGACUUGUAUUGGGAGAAAUUAAUCUCCUAUUUUAAUUUGAAUUGGCUCGUUGUAAACAGUGCCUAACAAAGGACGAUACCAUAUAAUCAACAAUAUUAAAGAUACGACCCAAAACAGUUUCUAGUUACAAUUAAUUAAGAUUUAUUAUGUCUUAAGAUAAUUACAAAAAAGUUAAUACAAUUAGAAAUAAUGAUGCCAAUAAAUAAUGCGAAAUAAACACAUAUAAGUAGGAGCACACAAAUACACAAAGAAUAAAACACGCCUCGUAAUGUUAAGAGAAUCUAUAUGAAAAUCUCUCCCUCUCUCGUCGUGCCUGUCAAUCCCUUAUAUAGGUGGGUCUACCGACGCCUAAGCCCUGCCUUCUACAAGCUACAUGACAUUUCGAGAAAAAUCCCAAUAAUUCUACCAAAUACUAUUUGGAACAGAUUAAUUAUUUUUAUUCGUUGGUGGCGUAAACAAGAAUACAUCAAAGACCUAAGCCACACCCCUUUGUGAACACAGCGUCUCAUGCGGGGUCAAUCAGAGGGCAUGCACGAGAAAUAUUAUGUAAACAAGCUCCCUAUAACAGCAGUAAUUUAUAAUUGUUUGUGAAUGCCAUUUAUCCCAUAUCAAUAACAAAAUUGUAUCUAGUGUUUAAGAUGUUCAGCGGAAUCAUAUGUCUUGGUCUUCAUUCAGUACAGCAUUUAUUUAUUUUUUAUGCUCUGCAUUGCUGUGAAAUUUUAGGCAUUGGCUUGAUAUUGAACUUGAAAACUCUUCUUUUGUUUCAAACACAGCAACUUCAAUUAUUUCUAUGAUUCAGCCAAGCUGCUCUGUCUUUUUGAAUGAAUCUGUCACUUCGCUUUUGUUUUAAUUAGAUUUAAUUCCAUUUUUUUCUUAUCUUAUAAAAAUACCUGGUUACUCUUACAGUUUUUGUGUAAAAUGUAUGGUUUUGAAAUGUUUUUAAUGAUUGUAUGUUGUGACCUGUCAGAACUAUGAUUUUAAGAGGUAUUCUGGUAGUUUUUGCGAUUUAAAAAAAAAUCAGUUUUUGAAUUUAUAGCUAUUUCUAUAGAAAACAUCUGGCAUUGAAUGGACCGAGUAAAACUAUUGAUUGUAAUUUUCUUAAUGUCGGGACCAUCCUUAAUAUGUUACAUAGGCACUUAGAGGAGAUGAGGAGAUUUGGCCUAUGAGGUGCAUGUGUAAGGGGGUUGGUGGAAGUGUCAAAAGCCUUAAAAAUAUCACUGCAACAUUUCAUAAUAAUUUUGAUCAUUGUCAUAUUGUUGCUCUGUGUUUUCACAAUGAAUUAGCUAGAUACUACAACAGUAAUAUUUAGUAUAGUCACCCUGAUGACAAAUUUAGUCUGGAUUUACUUAAUUUGCUUCAGUGCUGUUAAUUGUCACAAUUAUUUUGUUUUUCGGCUGAAAUAACAUUUGCAAAAAUGGAGAAAACUGCAGAACUUAAAUUUGUUUAUUUAUGCAUUCUCAACUGCUAUAUUUUAUAACAUCUAGGAAGCUGCUUUUGAAAUACAAUUGAAGUCACGAAGCAGUUCUAUAAUUUUAGUACACCAGUUUUGUUCAAGCACUCCUCAUCCCUUUUCCCAAUACAGCUUGCUGGGGUAUUAGACCAAAAUAUGUUAAAGGAAAAUAAAAUCAGGUUCCUGGGUUUAAUGCCAGGGUAGCCUAAUUGUGGCCUUCAUGUUAAAAUAUGGUGCUAUCUGGAUGGAUCACAAAUGACCUUAUUUCUUCAUUUUAUUAGCUAUUUAAUUUUAUUCUUGGCAUGAACACACAUUUGAAAUAUAUAUGCAAAAGUUUUUGUGACAGUCCACACCAUUCUGGUGUAACCAUCCCUGUUUUGGAUGGAUUAAAAUACAAAAAAUGAUUGAGAUAAUCUUAAAUAAUAGUAUAAAACAUUUUUACUAUCUAGUAAUUAAAUACAAUAAAAAAGAUUGCCACAGAUAGGUAGAGGAAACCUCAUCACUUUCCACAAGGAUUACGAAUAAGUAUAGAAGGAUGCAAAACUAUAUUCAGGUAUAGGCAAAAGUCCGUCCCUGCAUUUUGAGUUUAUGAAAAAUUUCUGGGGAUGGGGAUGGCGCUUGGACACAAUUUCCGCCAUGCCAUCAUUGUUCUUUGCUGUAAUGUCAUUCUGUUGUUGUAAUAUCUUAAGAUAUCAGAUAAAUUGUCCUACUUUCAGAAAAUUACACCCAUUCAAAAAUAAUACAGACAAUGCCACAGUAUUAUUCUCAACUCUGUGAAGAAGUAUGUUUUGGAGAAUAAUAUGAAUGUGGAUCAUAGUUUUUAAAGGAAUGAAAAUGAUCAGACUAUUAAACUUAGAGAUUAUUUACUGUGCACUAGUGAAUAACACUAGGAGUGCAUAUCCUAAUAAUAGCCUGCAUCAGUUGCCAAGGGGAAAUGGUUUUUUAUUUAAUGGGUAUCCAUUGAACUAUUCAAAAACUCAAUAGUUAUUUCUAUGAUUUUGUUUAUUUUGGCCAUAAUUUGUAAGAAAUACAUAGGUUCCAACAUUUCAAUGUCUUCUAAUCUGUGGUGGAUAUUUUUUUUUUUUGGUGUGUAAAGACAUCUGAGCAGGGCUAGUCUAAUGCUUGCAUUUUGUGACUGUGAGGUCCACUCAAAUAGUCAUAGGUCACUAACAUCAAGGAAAAUUUGAUCAUCUCUUUCUGCUGACUCUAAAUAUUCCUUAUAACGUAACUGAUAUUUCAGAUGUCAUAAACUACAAUUAUUUAUUCAUUAACUUGUGUGGGGAAAGAUCCUUCUGGCUUCAUUGUGUCUUUACUAACAUGCUAUUUGUAUUGUGUCGUAUGUAUCACCAAUUUCGUCAGAUGUGAUAAACCUAUAUUUAUGCCUGAAAUAAUUGGAGGCAUUCAUUUAUAAAUUGAUUUGGUCAAUGUUCGUAGGUCAGUCUAUUAAUUGCUUAAGGAUUUCAUUGAUCCCCUCAAAUAUUUGCUAUGUGUCUAUUUUGUUCAGCUUCAAGCACUGAAAUGAUCAUUUUACUUUCACUCUGUUUUACUUCGUAACUUGCUUAAAUUUUAUUUAUUUAUUAUUAUUUAAAAAAAAUAGUUCUUGUAGUAUUAUUUUUUCUCUCAAUGUCUUAUGUAUUUAUAGGUUAAUUUCCUUGCAAAUCAAAUUAUUGACAAACAAGAGUGUUUAUGCCAUUCUGUCCUAUACAUCACUAAUGAAUGUUGUAACAAAUUCUGGUCACAUUCUCUCUUUCCCCCCCAUCUUUAAAAAAAAUAUUAAAAUUCCAUGGAUAACAAAGUGAACAAUUGAAAUAAUUCUAUUAAAUGCAGCUAUUCCAAACAUCAAAACAAAUUUUUUUGUAUGGACUACAUGCUAUUAAACAUGUAUGCAAAAUAAUUAUAUUGAAAUUGAAUUUCAUAGGUCUUUUGGUCCUAGUAACAAAGCAUCCCUGCCAGACAAUGUUCUGUAAUCUGAAAUUUGAAGUUCAUUGUUUAUUUUUCUCAUCCAGUUUUCUCAAUAACUGAUACUUAAAUCUGUUUUCUUUCUCUUCAUCAGUGAUGGAAGCACACAGAACUUGGGUGGAUGUCUGAGAGAUUUUCGUAACAAGCCAUUCCCAGUCAGGGUCAAGAUUGAGUACUACAACCAGAUUCUCACUGUGAGUUAUUUAAUGUUACUGCAACCAGAUUAUAAUUAUAAGAUAUUUGUUAUCUCAAUUUCUUUUUUCUUUCUGGGUCUUUAUUUUUUAUUAGCUUAUGUCAAAUUUAAAAUUAAGAGAAAGUUCAUUUAAGGCAGCACUAAGCACCAAGAUUGACAUGCUGCCAGUGUCAAUUUUUCUUGCACUACCUAAUGCCACACAACACCACUGCCCAAGCCAGACAACACCACUGCCUAAUGCCACACAACACCACUGCCCAAGCCAGACAACACCACUGCCUAAUGCCAGACUACACCACCACCCAAUGCCAGACAACACCACUGCCUAAUGCCAGACUACACCACUACCCAAUGCCAGACAACACCACUGCCUAAUGCCAGACAACACCACUACCCAAUGCCAGACAACACCACUACCCAAUGCCACAUAUGUUUAGUCUAGGCACUGAAUAUCUCCCAUACACAUGAGUUAAUGCUACUCUCAUGAGAAUGUUGCUUUCUUCAUAUAGCAUUCCAAGUGUUUUUACCUUGUUUCAUUAACUUUUGGUUGAAACUAUUGUAAUGACCUGACUGUCUUCAGCAAUGUCUUUUUAACAGAACUCUAGUAUUCUGACCUUAACUUGUCCAAUGUUCUGUAUCUCAGGUCAGAGUUCACAAUGGUCUUACCAACAAUCAGAAUGACUUUGAGAUUUGUAUGAGUGCCUCUAAUGUUGUCCUCCCUGCAUCUGGUUAUAUUGGCAUAUCUGCAGCUACUGGUGGAUUGGCUGGUAGGUCAUAGUCAUGAUGUCACAAUUAUCAUUUUUCUUUUGUUUUUGGUUGCUAUUGAUCAAUACUAUACACUUAGCUAUAGAUAUUGGUGAGAUUGAUAAAAAUUCAGGUGUAAAUAAAUUUGGAGGUAACUUUUAAUUAAUCGCUUGAUAAAUUGUUACUUAAACAGUAGAAUUAUGAAUCUGAUAGAGUUCUUACAUUGCCCGACUCAGAUAGCCUUAAGGAUAAUUUUUUUCAGCUGACCAAAACAAAAUGUUCUGAUGAUUUACGUGUCAAAUAAAUGAUCUAAACAAAUUGUACUGACAUACUGUCUCAAAUAAAUGACCAAAACAGAAUGUUCUGACUGCAGGGUCCCCACACAGUGGGGAAAACGGGAAAUAUUUGGGACUUUAUUAAAUCAUUUUCCCGGUCGUGAAAACGGGUAAAAUGGGCCAUCUAGUAAGGAAAUUUUCCGAAUAGUCAGGAAUUUUUUAAUUUUUAAAAAAAUAAUUAUAAAUUUGGCUUUGGAUGCCAUAAAAAUUGACGUUAAUCACCGAUCUGGUACAUUUUUAGCCUUUCUGUUAUCAAAAGGAUGUUACUAGUGGUUUCCCCUUAACUGAGCAUGCGUUUUGAGCUCUACAAGUUUCUAUUACCGUACAACUUCAAUUGACCAGAAAUAUGUAUUGACUGUUCACAUCGCUGAUCAAGAGAUGUUCCACUGUUUGGGUAAGUAAAGUGUAAAAUAUAGUAAAUAUUUAUUUGAAUCUAGUUUUCAAUUGUGAGCUAACCAUUAUAAAUAGAAUACUACUCAUCCAAGUGCUGUCUACAAUGAAUAAGCUUAGCAUACUUUGUUAUGUGGUAGUCUUUAUAAGUUGAAUUUUAACGGUUUUACUAUUUGUGGGCGACACAUUUUUUUUAUUAGCGCUAGGCAGCCUUUAACUUUUUUUAAAGCCUAUUAGUUCACUUUACAUUUAAUUAUGGAGUAGGCCUUCUCAUUUUAAAUAGGCUAAUAUGAUCAAGUUAUUUUGUGAUGUUAUUUUUGCGUAGACUAGCUUGCUAGUUUACAGCUGACAUUGGAAAUUCAUUUAAAAGUUAAUAAAACUGAAACUAGUUGAUUGGACUUGAUGUAUCGAUUCAGGGAGCCUAACAUAACUGUAUAGUAUAUAGUUAGUCCUUAUUUUAUGCACUCCCGUGCUCUGGGUAUACCUUACGGCAAUAUACUAUUAUUCAUAAGCACAGUGGCGUAGCCAAGGAUUGUUUUUUUUUGUUUAAGGGGGGGGGGUCCUUUGGAUACCCCAAAAAGUGUGUGCGUGGGUGGUGGUGGUGGGGGGGGGUUUGGUUGGUCAAUGAUGCAUUCCCCCUGCGGAAAAUCCUGACUAUGCCAUUUCAUAUGCAUAUCUUAGUAUCUCUUUUGACUCUAUAUUACUGUAGUUUAGUAUGGGUAUAAUAUAGUCUAUAUGAUGUAUGCCGUACUGUAAAUUAUAAACAUAAUAUUAAUAUAGUAAUAUAUUUUAUUUUUAUUUCGCUAUUCAGCAUCAAGGCUCAAUAAAAUAAUACCCAACAGUUCCUUUAAAAGACUCAUGGUCAGGACAGCUAUCGUGAUAAUGAUUGAACAAGUCAUCACUGCUUCACUGUGCUGAAAAUAUUGAUAUCAAGUAUUCCGGGCGAAAAUAUUUAAAAAUAUCAGUCAUCUGAUGAGACUUCAGCUUUAUCACCUAUCUUAGGUGUCCAAUUCUGCAACUUCUCAGCCCAGCUCCCAAUGUAUGUGUCGAAAUAUGAAACCUUCAUUGGAGAGAUUUUAUUGACACUAUAGUGUGGUGACUCAAACUACCCAUUUUCAUCACAAAGAAGAGAACGUUAACUCCAUAUAUAAGAAAAGAUGCUUUCCACUUGUGGUAGCUAUACGUAUGUUCUAAAAUGCCCCGGAGAACUCAUUGCAAAAAAAAAAAGUUGCCCUUGCACUUUAAAAGUAAACGUCAAAAAUUUUUCACAUCUAAGUAAAUUGAAAAAUUGCCAUUGCUAGAAAAUUUAAUAAAUAUUUACACCUCACUUUUAUUGUUCAUUGGUGUUGUAUUUCAAUGUUGCUUUAUUGUGACAAUUUCACGGUUGUUUUUAUAUUAUAAAAAAAAACAAAAAAUGAUGUGUUGCGAUAGUCAGAAAUUUUUUGUUUUUAGUUGGGAAAAAGGAGGGAAUUUUGUUUUUAAAAAAGAGUGGGAUCCCUGUGACCGAAUUUUCUCAAAUAUGUGACCAAAACAAAAGUAACCCUACUUCUUCAGAUGACCAUGAUAUCUUGUACUUGUCGACCCAUUCACUCCAUGAUCCCACUGUUGACACCAGUCAGGUCUCAGAGGAGGAGCGACAAAAGUUUGAGCAAGAGUUCAAGCAGUACCAGGACGAACUGGACAAAGCCAAGCAGGAGUAAGAUUGCUAGAUCUAAGAUAGUUUGAGUUUUUUGUCCUCUACCUUCCUACUCUAUCACAACUACACAAUUUGCAGUCUUCUUUUACAACAUACCCCUCACCCUUCUAGUUCUAAGACAGCAUGCACACUCAUCCUCCUAGUCUGUUUUAAAACACUGUCACUGCUCUAAACCUUUUCUGCCCCCCUCUUUGAAAUUGGUUAGAGAACAUUUGAAUAUAGAUAAUAAGAAAUAUUUUUUUAAAUAAAUGCUUUAUGUGUGGUAAUGAAAGUCCUGAGAGUUGUGAUUAUGAGAGUACAUUUAAAUAUUGACAUAUUACGAGAAUUUAAUAUAAAAGCAUUAGCGUAGUAUAUGAAUCUACAAGUUUGGAGUAUUUAAUUUAGUAAUCAAUCUGAGUGAAUCUGUUGCCAACAGACUCCUGCCUAACCUAUUUAAACAAAAACUUGCCUCCUGUCUAAGCAAAGGGUCAUAACUCCGUUUUGAUAUUUAUAUUUUAUUUUUAACAAAAGAAAUCUAAUAUAAAACAUGCAAAUGUCACUGUUAUUUAAUUUUUUUUUCAAAGAUUAUUUUCAAAUAUUCGCAGAGUCAUCAUGGUCAUUGUAGCUCGCUAGUAUUAUGAUCUGACGAUGUAACAUUAUUGAAUUUUAAAGUCUGUUUCAGAAAUAUCUUCAAUAUUACUUUCUACAUUGAUUUAAAAAAGUUCUACAUCUAUUUGUUCGAUUAUUUCAACAUCUAAACUUGCUAGUCUAGUAAACUUAGUCACUUGUCGCAAAUGAACAUAGAAACCAUGCUGAACUCUGAACACUCCUAACUUUUUAACAGAAAAAGCUAAAAACCUAAGGUUUUCUUUUUUAUUGAAGAGAGUCGCUUGCGAGGGCAGCAGUAAAUUUUACCAGAGGAAUGUAUGGUAGUUCAGUUGCGUGGCGCCCUGAAAGAAUGUGGUAAAAACAUUUCCCAGACAAGCCACCCCCCCCCCCACCCCCAGUGAGUGUAGUAGGCCAAGCCACAGCACCACACCACCCCCCCACAGUGUAGUAGGCAGUGCUGGUGGGAAUUAGUGAGGGUUCAAAUUUUUCCUCAUUGAUUAAACUUUGUUUCCAGCUACCAGAAGGAGCACCCAGAUGAGAAAAAAGAUGAGUACUAUGAAGGUGGAGAUGACCAAUGGGUGAGAUUAUACUUUUCUUGAAAUGGUCUGGUACUACAAAAUAACAAAUCAAUAUACUUGAAUAACUGAGGCAGACUGAUUCUAACUUAUGUUCUCAUGGUAUUUGUUCAAAUAAUACUUAUAACUUCAGUUAUGGUUUCAAUCUGCUUGUUUUCUUACCUUUUGCUCACAGUUUUAUUGUGUGUUCUGCUGUUCAGUUUUAUUGUCUUUGUUCUGCUGUUCAGUUCAUGGUGUCUUCUGCUGUUCACAGUUUUUAUUGUGUGUUCUGAUUUUCACGUUUAUUUUGUGUUCCAGGUGUGAAAUAUAUUUUUCAGGUUGUUUUGUUUGUUUGUUUGUAUUCUAUUAUGUUUAUGUAUAUCUAAUAUUAUUUGCAGAUAAAUAUUUUAUCCACUGGCAAUAUUAAUAGAUCUUUCCACAUCCCCAGGUUCAGUCUCUUACAAUAUUUACAUCUCUUUCCAUGUCCCUAGUAUAAUUCUAUAUCAGUAGAUCUUACCACAUCCCCAGGUUCAGUCUCUUGCAAUAUUUACAUCUCUUUCCAUGUCCCUAGUAUAAUUCUAUAUCAGUAGAUCUUACCACAUCCCCAGGUUCAGUCUCUUGCAAUGUUUACAUCUCUUUCCAUGUCCCUAGUAUAAUUCUAUAUCAGUAGAUCUUACCACAUGCCCAGGUUCAGUCCCUUGCAAUGUUUACAUCUCUUUCCAUGUCCCUAGUAUAAUUCUAUAUCAAUAUAUCUUUCCACAUCGCUAGUUUAAGACCCUUGCAAUAUUUACAUCUCUUUCCAUGUCCCUAGUAUAAUUCUAUAUAAAUAGAUCUUACCACAUCCCCAGUUUCAGUCCCAGAAUGAAAAGGAGAUGAAACAAAUCUUCGAUGGUCAGAACAUCAUCAACAAUGUACUGAGGGAGGUCAAUAGGAAGCUGGAUGAGCUGAUGGGUCGCCAGGAGAUGGUCAUAUCCAGGAUAAACGCUAUGCCGGUCGGACAGGGACAGGCACCGCAGCAAGUUCAGGUAAAAUAGAUUUUUGUAAAAACUAUUAAGAAAUUCUUUAAAAAGCUAGUCAAGAGCAGGUGAUUAGCUUUUAGAUAUGUUAACCAUGGCACUGCAGGGAAGUCUUUUGUUUGCACCCACUUGUUUGGUUCAUUUGUAAUGCUACUCUGAGACAUGCUUUAACCUCAGCUACCUAUUCCUGUGGUGACAGUGUAUAAUGAGUGUGCUAAGUACCACCAUAUUGAAUGUACAAAGUACUUUAUAUUGAGCGUGUUAAGUGCCAUCAUAUUGAAUUUGCUAAGUACCAUUAUAUUGAGUGUGCAAAGUAACACCAUAUUAAAUGGGCUUAGUACCACCACAUUGAAUGUGCUAACUACCGCCAUAUUGAGUGUGCUAACUACCACAAUAUUGAGUGUGCUAAGUACCAACAUCUUCUAUCCUGUAGGGGGGUGGUCAGCAACAAGUGGCUGGCAGCCCAAUCCAGAGACAUGAAGUAGACAGACUCAUCAAUAACCAGAACAGUUUACUACAGCAGAUUGGAGAUCUCAAGUAAGUUUUGUCAUCUAGAGAGAGGAGAGAGAAAAAGAAGGAAAGAGAGAGAAAGAAAGUGAGAGAGAUCAUUAUUUUUAUUAAGGGAAGAGAGAACUGAGCAGGUCAUCUAGAGAGUACAUAAAUAGUUGAAUAAGAUAUAUUUAGGCUUGAAAAAUAAGAGGAAACGAAAAUUAAAAUUACAAGGAUGUUUCAACUAAAUACCUUCUUUAACAGACAAGACAAAACAAAAAGUAGCACAUAAUUAAAAAUCAAAUCUAAUGUGUUCAAAGAUCUCAGUGUAGUUCUCUUAGUCUCUGUUUAGAAAUAAAAACGCCAUCCUCAGUCAUAUAACAAGAGACUGUGAGUAAAUAGACAUGGUGGUGAAUAGACAAUGAAAUGUCUUGAUUUUUCUAUGGUAACUUUCUUACUUAAGACAAUUAAAACAACAUGGUAAAACUUAAAAGUUUGUGUGUAAUUCAUAUUUUUAAAUGAGAGACGGUGGACAACAUCCAAUCAGGAAUAAUUAUACAGGAUGUCCAGAUAGUUUGUGUGUAAUAUAUUAAUAUAUAUUUCACUAUGUCCAGAUAGUUUGUGUGUAAUAUAUUAAUAUAUAUUUCCCUAUGUCCAGAUAGUUUGUGUGUAAUAUAUUAAUAUAUAUUUCUUUAUGUCCAGAUAGUUUGUGUGUAAUAUAUUAAUAUAUAUUUCUCUAUGUCCAGAUAGUUUGUGUGUAAUUUAUAUUUCAUUAUGUCCAGAUGGUUUGUACACACACAUUGCAAUAACUAAAAUCAAUCUUGUAAUUUUCAGAUACAUCAUCAAUGAUGUCCAGCAGAAAGCUAUUGCUAUACAGAAUCAAGCAGGUACAGGCGGGGGCGUCCAGGACAAGAUGGCCCUCCAUGAGAUGAAAGACAGAAUCUCAAAUGUAGCUAAUGAUAUCCAACUUUUAAUCAACAAACCUCAGGUGAGUUUAACUUUGUCAUCUAGUCUUCAGAGUCAAAAAUCAAUGUCUUACUCCUUCAGGGCUCUGAUAGUUUGCCAUAUACUUAUUAAUUUACAAAUAAAGUUUUAUGAUAAUUUGAUUAAUUAAUUAUGAAAUUGUUAGUAGAGUGCAGACCUGUUUACUCUUACGAUUUUGGCGUACAAUGUACGAUUUUGAGGUGUUUAGAUUGUAUAUACUGUAUGUUUUUUUUACUAUAAAUAUAACAUAUUGAACAAUUUGUGAUAUUUUACGAUUUUAAGAGUUUGAGGGUAAACAGGUCUGAGAGUGUAGCUGAGCCAGACUUGUUUACUCCUAUGAUUUUGGUUUACAAUGUAAGAGAUUUUGUGUACAGGUUGGGGGGGGGGGGUGGUGGCUGUCUAAAUAUUUAAGUCUAUAAAAUUAACACCACCACAUUUUUGUAAUGUUAGUGGAAGGGAGAUUUGCAGUAUGUAUGAACGCUAUUCAAUAAUUCUACAAUAUUCAUCCUGAAACUCUGAAAGUCCAAAAAGAGCAUAUUUAUAUCAUAUCUUCAAUGUUUUAAAAAUAUCACUCAGUGUUUUGUAGAAAUUAUCAUCAUAAUGUUGCCGUUUAUUUUCAGAAAUGAACUUGCUAGAUAUAUUCAGAUAGUAGUAGGGGUAUUAAAGUAAUAUUUACUCAACCGUAUGUUUUAAGUGCUUGUGAUUUAUAUUUUUGAGUGUGCUUUAACAUUUUUUAUUGCUGACACCUAUGCCCAAUUUAGGUUUUCACCAUGCACCAUGUGUUCAAUUCUAACAGUUACAAUUGGAAAUAGCGAAUGCAUAAGAAAAUAAAGAGUUGCGUAAAAAUAAAUAUAACACAUGUAAAUCACUAAGCUCCAUCUAGUUACUGCAAACAACUCUUAGCGAGUUACUGGGGGUAGCAAAAUUUGACUUUUAUCCAGAGGCCCCCACUUUGCAUUGGUUUGGUGCUUUAUGACAAAACUUUGUGACAUAAUUAUUUCUCACGGCCGAGCUAUGGCCAGUGCAGAAACAGAAAACUAGAGAAUGCAUUCUCAACUGUUCUGAGCAGCAACAUUAGUUUGCAACAUAUUUUAUAGGAUCUGAGGGUGGCUUUUGAAAUCUAUUUUUUAGAACGGACAAAACAGCUGUAAGGUUUUGAUACUCCCCUUUUACUUUCACCCAUUUACAGCUUGUGGUAGUUAUCAGACUGUAAUAUGUUAACAGGAUCUAGGCAUAAUGGAUAUUCAUUCUUAUUUUAUUUUUUUAAACUGCUUUUCCUAAAAAAUAAAUAUGAAGUUACUUUUUUAUUUUUUUAAACAUUGAUGUCCUAAUUGAUUAAUUCAUUCAUAUUUCAUUAAAUGUUACUUUAUGCUAACCUGACUUCGCUUUUGAACCACAUUAACCCACGAACUGUGGUCGGCCGAAAAAAUCGGCAGACUUUCUAGUUCUGUACUGUGGUGGCCAAUAAAAAACACGGUCCGAUAGCAGCUUUCAAUCCAAUAUUUAACCGGAAUUAUAGCCAUGUCCUUUUAUUAAUAAUUAAAUCAUCUUCGGGUUCAAGCUGUUUCUUGAUAACUUGAAAAUAAAUACUUUUUAAUCAGAGUUUUAUAUCGCUGUUUAUCUUUAAAGCUAAAAUGGUUGAAGCUAUGGCUGGGGUCAUUCAGUGCAAGAACUAAUAGAAAUAUGUUUGAAGGCUUUUUAGGAGAGGUUUUAAACGAUACUGAUGAUAAUUUUAACAUUCCCCAUGACAAUAUCAGUUGAGAUUAUUCUUCUCGUGAAUUUUAUACUAGUCUUGGUGAUACUGAAGUAGGCCUACUGAGGCUACUGUUAGACUUCGAGCCAGGCCCGGAGGUUGGGCAAGGACUGACUGAAUUUUAGUCACAGAAGCUACAGAUUAUAGUUCAGAACUAAUAAAUUUUAUAGUUAACCAACCCAAAUCAGUUCCACAGUUCCUUUUUAAAUGUUAACUAGUCAAUAACUAUUUUGCCUGAGAUUUCGUAUUUUGUACUUAGUUUUAGCAGUGGUCCCAGUUUCUUAUAUAAAUGACCUAAAAUUACUAAAAUUAUAUUAAAAUGUUUAAUUGAAAUCAAAACCUCAGCAAACAAUACAUUUUUUUAAAGAUAAAUGAAUUGGCUACAAAAUUUAGAUUUUGUUUUAAGUGUAUCUAUAAAAAUUAAUGAUGUUAUGAGCACUGGAAAGUAAGACAUUUUGUUGAUUUUUUUUUCUUGAGAACUCCAAGGUCAAGGACACUGAGCAAAAAAUUUUUACGGGGUGGGCAAUAUGGUCAACUUUAUCCCCAUCCAUUUACCUUUCUAAAAUUCAAAUUGCACUCAAAACGCUCUGAAAACCUCCACACCACAGAAUGAUGUAUGCUACAGUUCGUGGGUUAAAUUUUACCAGUAACUUUAUUUUUACCAGUGACAGGCUGUGAUAAUGUGAUCUGCACUUUCACCAAAAUAUUAAUUGAUAACAAUAGCAGAUACACGUCUGCUAAACAAAGUGAUCACAGAUAGCAGUAUUAACAUCAGUCAUGUACUUUUCAAAGCUACCUUUUUUGCCGUCAGCUUAACUUGAUCCCCCUCAACUUGCAAUGCGAGUAGUUAUACAUUAUGUAUACUUUAUGUUUAUUGAUUUACUAUUAAGAUACUGUAUUGUACAAUUUUGAGACAAUAUUGUAUGAUUUUUAAGAGUUCGAGGGUAAACGGGUCUGCUAACAAGAUUUUUGUGUGUUGAUGCACAUUAGCUUUUUUACACUUGUGUGACUCAGUUUUAAAAAAACAUACCAGAUUUUGUUUGUUUCUUUAUUAGAAUUUCAGUGUGUUUCUGUUUAAUGAAAAGAUGUUAACAUAUGUACAUCAUUUAGAAAUUUUUGCCAUAUCCAAGUGAAUGUGUUCUCAACCGUAUACCAUCACAAGUAUGAGCUUUAAAAUUUGGAUUUAUCAGUGAGCUUUCUCAGCUAUGCUUUGUGUCCUUUAAUUAUGAGUUGAGCCUCUUUGACACUGUCCUAGAUUAAUGUUACUGUGUAAUACAGGUACCAGUGCUAAAAAAAGUUGUAUUUUCCAUGUGUAAUACUUUGACCAUUUGCUGUGCAAAGUUGUAUUUUCCAUGUAUAAGACCAGUAAAAGUACCAAAAAUGUUGUAUUAUCCAGCUAUCAGACCAGUAGGAGAACUAAAAAUGUUGUAUUUCCACAGGCCAACCUUCAGUGCCCCCCACCAUCACCUUCCAACAAUUGCUUGUCAUCUUCAGUGUUUUUUGUAGCAUUAGUUAUUCAAUUUGUGCUUACCAUAGGAUACAUGGUUUAUAGGUAAGUACUUCAAACCAAGUGCUGAAUAAUCUUGUCAUGAUGACAUACCCUCGGUUGGUGUUUAUUUAACUUCUAAUCAUUUGAAUUUGUCUCACUAAUUUGUAUAGUCUUAUUAAUUUAUUAUAAAAAGUUAAUUUGAUCAAAGCCUAUUUGAGUGUUGCUAAACUUAUGUAAUCAUUGAAGUAAGUCAUAUUGAAAACCAUCCAAUUGUAGGAUUUGAACUUCUUGUUUAUAUUUGAAAGGCAAAUUUUCCAUUUUUGUGUGGUCCUCUUGAGCUUACUUGGAAUUAUUUGUAGUUUUUAUUUCUCUAUUUUUCAGAUCUAAUAAAGAAGCACAAGCCAAAAAGUUCUAUUAAAAUAAAUUAGGAACUAAAUUUUAACUAAACUUUUAGUGUGUGUUACAAGGUUCUGUUACUGCUGUAUUCAUGCAGGUCUUUGGUGAGAUUACUUAGUCCUUGACAUCAGUUUUUGUGUUUUAUAGAAUUUUAAACAAUUGUUGAACAUUAUUAUUUUUCUUUCUUUCUCUUAUUUGUCAAUGAUAUUUAAAAGCAGUAGUGUCAUUAUUUUUCAAUCCCUUCAAUAUUUUAAAGAGAAUCAGCCAACAGAAUUGAUACAUGAUUUUUUUCAUCUUUUAUUUAUGGAGAAGAUAACCCUUUCCAAUGUACAUUGUCUCAGCACACAAUUAUCAACUGUUUCUUUUGAAAUGGAAUAGUGGGAAAUAUUCUUUAAAAUAAUAAAGUUAUAUUAACACUAAUACUUAUUUUAUUGAUGAAAUACCAAAUUUGCCUCUAAGAUGAAAAUUUUAUAAUCAAUAAUUGUUGAUACUAAAUUUAUAAGUACUAAAUUGAAAGAACAAAUAAAUGUCCUCUAAAUCAUAAACAUUUUGAAUGAUCAUUUCUAUGAGACUCAUCAUUUGAAUAAAGACUGUUUUAUUGUAUGGUAUUUUCUAACAAGUUUUCCCCCAAAUUAUCUGAGUAGUUUUUUCCCUCGGGCUUCCCUGCUAUGUGUUAGAUCCCUGACAAGGUGUCUGCAUUUUUUAAAUCUUGGUUUAUCCUUCUUUAUGUCAAUUAUUUAGCCACUGAUAAAAUAUAUUUUACAAGGUUACACAAACUGGUUGUUUAAGAUUAAAAAAAGAUUCAAGUUUUUAUUUGUAUUAAAAAUUUCUUCUACUCUGAAAAUGAAUGGAAAUUUCCAUUAUUUACAUUAACAAUUCAUUACAUCAAGACCAUUGGAUUAUUCAAAACUGAUCCCAUGUUGUGAUCAUUUUGCUUUUUUUUCAUCACUCAGUGAAAGAUUUUUUAGUAACCAUUCUGGUGUUCUUUUGAGGCAUCACACUUUUUUUUUUAGCUUCAAGAUAAAUCUCUGAAAACAUGUUCACUGGAUGGAGAGAAUGGGAGAGAUUAUUUGUGUUACAUGAUGUAGCUUUUGUGAAAAAAUAGGAUUGGGUAUUUUGUCAUUCCAUCACAGCUCUGACGUUUUUUUUGUGUGACACGCCCCCCUCCCCACCUUCUCCCCCUCCCCCAUGCCUUUCAGGUUAUUUGAAGUAGUUUAAACAUUUUUAACAUGUGUUUUAAAGUCAGCCAAGGCCGAUUUUGUGAUACCCAAUUUGUGAUUGGUUUAUGGUGACAGCUAGGCUCUGGCGUAAAGAGUUAAGGCCCUGCCGAAAAACAUGAAAGAUAUUUUUCAUGACAUUCAUCUUUCCUAGUUGCUUUGUACAUAAAUAGCUAUGGAAUGCAAAGAAAUAUCUUUUAUCAGAUGAAGUGUAUUGGAAUUUAAAAUGUUAACUUUAUGUUUGACUCCAAUUUUGCUAGUUAUGAAUAGAAUACCGUGAAUGACUAACUAAUUGGUUUUUUGCUCUUUGUAAUUUCAACAUUGUUUUGCCUCAACCUUUAUUGCUAAAAUAAGAAAAAAAUAGAUAAGAAAAAAGGUUCAUGUAAUAUAAUUGUUAAAUUGUCACAUUGGUCAGUUUAUUCCCUUUACUUAUUUACAGUUAUUAAAAAUUUUUUUCAAGCUGUGCUCUGGAUUGAGUGGGUCUGCAGCAUUGAAAGCAGUUGAGUUUAGAGUUGACAUAAAUAAUUUAUUCUAAAUCUUGUCAAUGAAAAUUUGUUAUUUUUCUCCUUCUGCUCGGUGUAGGUAUGACUGUUUUAUUUUAAGUUUCAUCUUUAAAUUUUUUCUUUUAAAUUGAUUGCAUGAUUUAAUUUUCAAGACUUACGUGUUUCAUCUAAGUCAUACCUGUGCGUUGAAACUUAAUUUUUUUUAUGGCUUCAACAAUUCUCAAAUGUUAUAACUUUACAACUAUAACUAUACAACUAUACAAUUGUAAGUUGUGGAAAGUGUUCUGUUUUUUUUUCAAGUUGAGAUUUUUUCAGUGGUGCUGUUGUAUUGUUCUAGUGUCUAUUCUAUUAUCUAUUUAAUAUCUAACAACUCAGUGUAAGUGUACUCAUUCAUUCAAGUGUUGGAUGUUUUAAAUGGGUUAAUUGUCAGAAUGAAACAAAAAUUUAAUGAAUGAUGAACUGACACAUGUGUAAAUAUUCAGUGUCUACAUUAAACAGGACACACUUUGGGGAUAUAAGUGUGUCAUUUCAUGGAGAGAGUUUUGACAUCAAUGUAAAAGAUUUCAUUUCAAUGUAAUGAUACAUUUUAUUACAUUGUAGAUUGCUUACUAUGAACUCUUCAAUUUGCUUGUUUCUAUGAGCUAGGUCAGCUAAGAGGAACUGCUUUCUGUUUGUUAAACUGUUUUAUGCCUUGUAAUAAGUGUUAUAAUCAAAUGUAUGUGUUGUUCCUUUAACAAACAGUAAAUGAAAUACCAGCAGCUUAUGAUCUAGAAUUAUUUACCUAUUAAAUUAUAGUCACUGCAAGAAAAACCCAUUCAUGCACUUAACUGUUGAGGUAUAAUACUUGGUCAUAAAUCAGAAGCUUAAUUUAUUGAACUGUAAAAUAAGAUAAAACAUUCAGUACCUAUUGACUUAAAAGUGUUUAUUAUUUAAAAUUGUUGAUAAAUUAUCUAUACAAUAAAUGUGAAUUGGACUCAUUUUGAAACUGAUAAAACCUCUGUGCAAGCAUUUCUCAGAUAAUGACAACAGCUUUUGGCUGAAGAAUCUAGAAUAAAUAAUGCCUUUAAAAUGUACUGUGCCUGUAUUUGCGGUUGAAAUGUGAGUAAUUCUGAGAGUAUGAUUGGUUUGUGACUAAUGAUUUACUGUGGAAACAUAAAAUAUUACCUGUAAUUUUUCUGUCAAUUUUAAAUUGUUCAUUUGUGAUUGGGUUUUUAAUGGGAAUCUGGCUGAAAUUAUUAAAAAACCCUUUGUCAUUUCAAGUUUCUGCAAACCAAAUAGCAGCAAAGUUCCAUUCCACCAACCAGUGGUUCAACUGCUCUCACCACGUUGUUGAACUAUGUACUGUUGUCUUGUUGGAUGUUAAUCAAAAUGUGUCUGUCACAUCGCCCUAAGUGAGUCAAGAAUUUUCUUUAGCAUUAACAAAUGUACAGCUUUCAUCAUAUCAGGCUUUAUUUGUCUUGGACGGAUUCACUAGAUCUCUUACCGUAUUUUAAAACAGAUGCUUUUCCUUAAGUUUAACAUUAGCUAUGAAAACAUUUUGUACUAGUUUUUGUGAGAGUGAAAUGUAUGAGGAGAAGGACAUAGCUAAGACAUUUUUAAAAUCUGAAUUGGCAGAGCACUGCAUAUACUCGUAAGCCAACUUUUUGUGUUGAAAUUUUCAGGCGAAUAAUUUAACUGGUCGGCUUAUGAGCUGGUCAAAGGAUUUUUAAAAUUAUUAAAUGGCUGAGAGUCUCACGCAUUUUUUUGGUCAAAUGGUGAAUUUAAUGUCAUUUAUUAGUCACACGUUUAAGAUAUUUAUCUUUAAAAAAAAAAAAAUUCUCCAGUAGUCCUCUCUUUGCACUGAAUUAGAAUAACAAAACAAAUACAGUUGUUAAAGUACCGUACUCUGAGUCAUAAUGGGAGGUCCUUCCUAUCUUUAUCUAUUUGAUCCUAUGUCUUAUCUUAUGAGGCAUAAUAUAGACUGCUGCUAAGUCAUUUACUUUCACUUUUCUGUGCUUAUUAUUUCAAUCCAUAUUAUUUAAAAAAAACAAAACAACAAAGACCCUUUCUGUUUAGUAAACAUCUUUGUGCUGAUUCCAGUCUGCUCUAAAGCCAAAUGUGUUUGUUAACUCUAAAGUGUUAACAAGUUAUGAAAAUACAGCUCACUUUCUCAAGUCCCUUUUUCUAUAGUAUUAUGGCCUGGCCUGUCUUUAGCUUCAUUGACUGGUUGCAACAAAGCUUUAAUUCAGGGGUUUUGUUGUGUUUUAUUUGUGAUUGUUUUCUUUUUGGCAUAGGAUGCCUUUUGAUUGUUUUGUCCAGCAAUUAAGGACCUUGUUGAUAUGAUUAUUGUUCAUUUCUUCAUAAAUUUAAGAUGGAUAAAUGAUUGUUAUAAAUUUACAUAUAUUAUAAGAUUUAUUUUAUAUAAUUGUGUGCUUAGGUCCUUUUGAAAGUUGGUAGAUUGCUAAUUUUUACCAAAAAUAAUUAGCCUAUAUUUAUUAAGGCCAAAUAUUAGUAGUGUCUACACUUUAAAAAAAAAAAAAAAGUCUUAAAAACAAAAUAGCUCUCCCACAAUUUUUUGGGAGAAAGUAAUUAAAGUAAAUGAUAAACUGGUGCAUUGGAAAACCCCAGUAAUUUGAAGGAGGCCAUUAUGUAUGUGUUUGGCUAAGCAUGGUUGGAGGAAAUCAAAACUGGCCAUUUCAUCCAGGAAUAGCUCACAACUUCAACAGGUUUUUCCACUAAUUUUAUCAGCUGGUGGGAAGAUUUGUUUUACCUGGCAAAAGUUGUCUGUGCCCCUAAAUAAGUAGUUGGUCUGCUGAUGGGAUCAUAGUGGGUAGGCUAAAAUCAAAAAGAUUUUGGCUUUGUUCUAUCAGUGGUGCCAUUAAAAUGUGUUCAGAUAUUUAGCAAAUUGAAAUCAAAACAGCGGUACCCUCUGGGGACUGGUUGUCAGCCUAUGUUCAGAAGGGUACAAUCAAAAUGAGUAACCUACUUCUAUUGUCAGCUUAUGUUGCUUGACAUAUUGUAAACUGUUGACAGAACAUUUUUUUUUGUCAUCUUCAUUGUUAUGUUUUUAUGGUGGUGGCUAUGAGUACUGCUGUACUCAACAAAUAAACAUUCAGUGUCUGACCCAGGUC